AUGAGAACACGAAAGAGACCGUUGAUAACGGAUGACACAGAAGAGGAAAAUGAAACUUUUAUCAACAAUAGUGACCUAGAACGAGAAGAAGUAAAAGAUGCCAAUGUUCCAGUCAAAGAUAACGUUGAUUUGGACGACGGGCCCUCAGACUCUGAGUAUCUUUCUCCCGUUUUGUCUAAUGAUGAGCUGAAUGUGAUGACUCCAGACAGGAGCACUUCAAUACCGAAUAAUUCAUCUAAUCAUGCCUUAGAAAAUGGGGCCAGUGAGGACGUACAACCGAGGACUGUCGCGUCCAAGACUGCUAGACUGGACGGUCCUCCCACGCUCACGAAUUCUCCUACGGCUACAUCUAGCUCAACGUCUCCUAAUUCUUUCGUCAAUUCUUCUGGCGAGAGAUCUUCACAGAACAUCGGCACUGCAGGUCUCUUGGGAGUGCCCAGCCUAUCCAAUAUACCACCUGAGAAACUCUCUUUCCUUCAUCAGCAAUCCGAUAUCCAGCUCCAGUCUCCUACGAAGAGAAGAGAAAUGCAGCAACAACUGUCAGAGAGGGCCGCAGAUGAGCCUAGACUUGUGAUACAGAAGUUGGUCUUAACAAAUUUCAAGUCUUAUGCUGGUGUACAAGUCAUUGGCCCCUUUAAUGCAUCAUUUUCGGCCGUUGUUGGUCCAAAUGGAAGUGGGAAAUCCAAUGUCAUUGAUUCUAUGUUGUUUGUAUUCGGUUUCCGGGCCCUGAAGAUGAGACAGGGUAAAUUAUCGGAAUUGAUACACAAUUCUGAAGGUGGACAAAAGCAAAUUGGGUUUUGCCAAGUUGAUAUCCAUUUCCAUCAUGUCUUGGAUAGAGAGGAAGAAGAUAAAAUCAUAAGUGAUAAAGUUCCCGACCUGGAAUUGGUUAUCAGUAGAAAAGCAUAUAGAAAUAAUUCUUCACAGUAUUACAUUAACGGGAAAACUUCAAACUAUACAGAAGUUACGGACUUUCUCAAGAAAAAGGGAAUUGACUUAGAUCAUAAGAGGUUCUUAAUCUUGCAAGGUGAAGUCGAAUCGAUUGCUCAAAUGAAGGCCAAAGCUGAAAGAGAAAAUGACGAUGGACUCUUAGAAUACUUAGAAGAUAUUAUCGGUACUACCAAGUAUAAGCUGUUAAUCGAACAGAACUUGAGCAAAAUCGAUGAAUUGAAUGAUAUAUGUCUAGAAAAGGAAACCAGGUUUGAGUUGGUGGAGAAGGACAAAGAGUCUUUGGAAGAUAAAAAAGUGGAAGCGUUGAAGUUUUUGGAGAUGGAAAAGAAGUUGAUCCAGAAGAAAUCCAUUCAAUUCCAAUCAUCUCUCGUAGAAAAUAAGAAUCUCUUGCAAAAGAGUCAAGAUAGUUUAAGCGAACUCCAAGAACAACUAUCCAAGGAGAAAUUAGCCAAUCAGGAACUCAAUAAAGAGAUAGAUGUAUAUCAUGGUCAACAUUUGGAAGUUAAAGAACUUUUGAGUAAGUUGAGUCAGAAAGAAGGUCAGUUCAUCAAAAAUCAAAAAGUAAUAACUAAGGUGACGGUUUCAUUGGAAGAAAAGUCCAAAAAUUUGGCUUCAAAGUCUAAAAAGGUGUUGAAAACCAUUCAAAACCUGGAAAGCAUAAUAUCUUCCUCGACUUUUAAAUUGGAUCAAAACAGCACUGAAACAUCCCAGUAUAAACAAGAUAUUUCAGAUCUUGUAGGAAACCUUGAAACCGAGAAGCAAAAACUUGAUGAGAUAAGGAAGGCACUUACUGUAAAGACUUCUGGGUUUAGUAAAAAAAUCGAAGAAUUACAAGAAAAAUUGGAACCAUGGAAUGAUAAGGUGAAAGAUAAAGAAGGAGAGAUUUCAUUGAUAUCAUCUUCUAUUCAAAUGCUCAAUUCACAAAGAGAAGCUAUUGAGAAACAGCUUCAAGUUGCUAGAGAAAGACUUGUCAAGAUUAAAGAUGAAGGUCGUCAAAAAGAAAUUGAUUUUCAAGAGACAACAGAAAAACUUGAAGUGACUACAAAGAAAAUCUCUUCAAAAGAAGAAGUCAUUAAUCAUCAGAGGAUUGAAUUAUCCAAGAGAAAAGAGUAUUUGAUGAAUUUGAGACAACGAACGCAAGACUCAGUAAGUUCUUUGAAUCAAGAUCAAAACAGAAAUAAAGUUUUGACCAGCUUGAUGAGGUUGGCCAAAUCAGGUAGAAUUGAUGGAUUUUAUGGUAGAUUAGGGGACCUAGGAUACAUUGACGACAAGUAUGAUGUUGCUAUUUCCACUGCAGGUGGUGGUGGACUUGACUCGAUGGUUGUGGAAACUGUCGAAACUGCUCAAAGCUGUAUUGAUUAUUUAAGGAAAAAUAAAUUAGGAUAUGCAAAUUUCAUCUGCCUUAACAAAUUAAGAAAGUUUGAUUUGAGUCCAAUAUCGACCCCAGGAAAUCCUUCAACAGUGAAAAGACUCUUUGAUUUGAUUCAACCAACAAAUGAUAAAUUCAAGCCAGCAUUCUACAGCAAGUUAUACAACACGUUAGUAGCGUCCAAUUUACAGGAAGCCAAACAAGUAGCAUAUGGUGCUAGAAGGUGGAAAGUUGUCACUAUGGAUGGUAAAGUUGUUGAUACUUCUGGAACAAUGUCUGGUGGUGGUAACUAUGUGUCAAAGGGAAGUAUGAAGUUGGCCUCAAAGAAGUCCAAAGACUCGAUGAAUGGUUCACUUAUAUCCGAGGAUGAUGUCAUGCAAUUGAGAAACGAAUUAAGUGAUUGUGAGAGCAAAUUUGAACAUUUGACUAGAGAAUUUCAAGAAAAUGAAAACAAUCUAAGGCAAUUAAAAGAUUCUAAACCAGAUUUAGAGUUUGCUCUAACAAGAAUUAAGUUAGAUAUCGAAUCAUUGCUUGCUGAAAAGAAAGAGGCUCAAAAGAUUUGUAAGACUCUUAUAGCUGAAAAUGAAAAUGACUCGAGAAAGGCCGAAUUACUUAAUGAAAUUCAAGAGAAAGAAACUACGAAAGAGCAGCUAUUAUCGGAAAAGGAAAAAUUGAAAAAUCAAAUGAGUGAAUUUGAAGGGCAAAUUAAAGAUUACGAAGAAAAAAUCUUGGAUGCCGGUGGGGUGGAACUAAGGUUGCAGAAUUCCAAAGUUGAUUCAAUUAAGCAGAAAAUUGAGAUCCUAAAUGAGAAACUUUCUAAUGAAAGAGUCACUGUUAGGAAGCUUGAGAAUGAAGUCAAAAGACAUACAAAGAUCUUAGGUGAAGCCAAGGAUGAAUUACAAGCUGCUGAAAGAGAGCUUAAAGAAAAUGAGCAAAUUCAGGAAUCCAAAGCUUCCGAAAUAACUGCCAUCAAUGAAAAGUUAGCUGAAGUUGAGGCAGAAAAAGAUGUGAAACAAGGAGAAUUAGAUGCUUUGGGCUUAAAAAUAGAAGAAAAGACUCAACAAAUCAAUGAAUUUAAAUCAGUCGAAAUUGAGAUUGAAGAAAAGAUUGAAAAACGUCAAGCGAUUGUCAAAAGGACCAUAAAGCAGAUAGAAGAAUGUGAGGAAAGCUUAAGCGCUUUAGUCGUUCGCGAUGCAUUACCUUAUAUUGAUUGGAUUGAGGACGAGGAAGAGCGUAACAAGUACAAUGGGGAAAUUCUUGAAGAACUAACUCAAGAACAAAUUGAUUCAAUUGAUCUGGACCAGACAAAUACCGAGAUAGAAGACCUAGAGAAGUAUAUGGAAAAUGUUAAGGUUGACAUUGAGGUUUUGAAAGAGUACGGGUCCAAGAAAACUGAGUUUGAAUCUCGUCGUAAGGACUUGAAUAGUGCCGUCGAGGAGCGUGACAAUAUCAAGCUGUACUGCGAAGACCUAAAACGUAAAAGAUUGGAUGAAUUUAUGGAAGGCUUCAAUACUAUCUCGAUGUCCUUGAAAGAAAUGUACCAAAUGAUUACUAUGGGUGGAAAUGCAGAAUUAGAGUUGGUUGAUAGUUUAGAUCCAUUUUCCGAAGGUAUAUUGUUCAGUGUUAUGCCUCCCAAGAAAUCUUGGAAGAAUAUUUCGAAUUUGUCUGGUGGUGAAAAGACAUUGAGUUCUUUGGCAUUGGUGUUUGCAUUACAUAGAUACAAACCUACCCCAUUAUAUGUUAUGGACGAAAUCGAUGCAGCUUUAGAUUUUAGAAACGUCUCCAUCGUUGCAAAUUACAUCAAGGAAAGAACUAAGAAUGCGCAAUUUGUGGUUAUUUCUUUAAGAAAUAAUAUGUUUGAGUUGGCUCAGCAAUUAGUUGGUAUCUAUAAAGUGAAUAACAUGACAAAAAGUAUUAGUUUGCAGAAUAAGGAUUUUAUAAAUAAUACAUAG